CGCAACAGCAGCGCGAAGCUUAUCAAGCAGCCGCGUCGCUUGAGCUUGUUCCCCGCCAAACUAUCCUGAAGGCGCUCGCAUUCACCAAUUCUUCCGUCUCUCGUCCCCGGAAGCCAGAGGCACUUUCGUUCAAUAACAUGUUAUUCCCUCAGGGUGUCAACGGCGGCUCCUCGUCCGCCGCCGCCAGUCCCCAACAGCUCGCCGAUGCGCUCCAAGAUCUAGCCAAGAAGCGAUCUACACCAACCACAGCAAUCAGCAAUCUGCUAUCGCCAUGUUUCUACCACCAGCGAUUCGAUGAUGCUGUCGACAUCGAUAAGGUCCUCGAGGAGAUUAAGAACGAUGAGUCCAUGUCACAUUCACGCUUGGUCCAGACUGCGACCAGCGUGCGUGAAGUCUCCAAGCAGCUUCAACGACGCCCCAUCAAGCAAGCAGUGCGCAAUAUCAUGAUUGUCACCAAGGCUCGGGAUAACCAGCUUGUUUACCUCACACGGGAGCUGACAACGUGGCUCUUGCAAACCCCUCGUUAUGGAUCUGAUGUCGGAGUCAACGUCUACGUCGAUGCCAAGCUGCGCAACUCAAAGCGCUUUAAUGCGGCAAGCAUCGUCGCUGGAGAUGCGCGAUUUGAAAACAUGCUCAGAUAUUGGACCCCGGAUCUGUGCUGGAGCCAGCCUGAGAAGUUUGAUCUCGUUCUCACCCUGGGCGGCGACGGCACGGUCCUCUUCACCUCAUGGCUCUUCCAGCGCGUGGUGCCUCCUGUCCUCUCAUUCAGCUUGGGAAGUCUUGGCUUCAUGACCACUUUUGAGUUUGAACACUAUAAAAAGCAUCUGAACCGAGUCAUGGGCGAUGAUGGUAUGAAGAUUAAUCUGCGCAUGCGUUUCACUUGCACCGUCUAUAGACAAGGAUCCAACGGCAACCCCAUGGACGAAGGAGAGCAAUUCGAGGUCCUCAACGAGCUUGUCAUUGACCGUGGCCCAUCUCCUUACGUCUCAAACCUUGAGCUCUACGGAGAUGAUGAGCUCCUGACUGUGGUCCAAGCCGACGGCUGCAUCUUCUCUACGCCUACCGGUUCGACAGCCUACUCUCUUUCAGCGGGCGGCUCUCUUGUCCACCCUGACAUUCCCGCCAUUCUCUUGACUCCCAUCUGCCCGCACACUCUCUCGUUCCGACCCAUGGUCCUCUCCGACACCAUGGCACUCCGUAUUGCCGUGCCACGCAAUUCUCGAGCCACCGCCUACUGUGCUUUUGACGGCAAGGGCCGAGUCGAGCUCAAGCAAGGCGACCAUGUUACCAUCACUGCGUCGCAAUAUCCCUUCCCUACCGUCACUCGAACCGACACUGAGUGGUUCGACAGCGUCAGCCGCACCCUGCGAUGGAACGUCCGCGCCGCCGCUCAGAAGCCCUUCGAUGCGUCUGGCAUUUCACCCUCUGGCGAAGAGGAAGAGGAUGACAGCUGGGAUAUUGACACCGACAGUGCUUAUUAUGCUAGCGAAGAGGGUAGUACCGCCGCCAGCCCUAUCAGGAGACAGAUGAGCAUGCUGGGCAUGUGAUUACGACUGACACAUGCUUUUUCUUGGACCCCCUUUUACGAAUAUAUAAGCGUGUCUUGUCAAGUUUUUUAUCUUGUUGCUUUGUUGCGCCCCUUAUUGGCCACCUUUGCUGAACAUCUAGAUGUAGAUAUGCUGGGAGUUUUUUUUUUGGCGUUGGAGUAUGAAUGGUGGGCUCCCUUAUAUGGACGCUGCCCCCUCUGGGUUGUCUUUGGUUCUCUCAUUUUUUACAACUAUUACCUUAUACAGUCUAUAGCUUAGAGUAGAUAGCUAGACACGGCUUGAGCAAAAGAUCUUGAGCAGUUUGAAUUGCAAAGAUACAAUGCGAAACAUUUAUUCGCACAGAUUUCUUCAAAAUCAGAUUCUAAUUUCUCUAAAACUAAACAUUGUUGUUGUUCAUUGGCGUGCUAUGCAAAAGGCCAACGUAGACGGAACAGUACUUUGUUUCUUUGUUUCUUUUUCCCACCAGUAAGGCCGUUCCAUCCAUAAUACGCCCAUUGAAAUAUGCUGUCCCCCCUCCUUUAUAUCUGAUCAAACGGCAAUCAGCUCCAUUUUCUUGUGAUGCACAAACCCCCCCUUCCUCCGUAAAGAAAAAAACAAUUUCCAGAAACAUUUGUUUUCUUUUUGCAAACCAGUCGCAGGCCGUGUUAAACAAAAAAAAAAAAACAAAAAAAAAAAUCCAAACACACAUUAUUAAAAGCACGAGUUGCCUCCCAGGUUUGCCAGUAUCCGUCUAUCCAGCAAAGCUCAUUUCCAGUCUCUUGAUCCAAAGCCGGAAAGGAAAGAAAAGAGGAAGAAAAAACACAAUAAAAUGUUAAUAAUGGGUAGGUGUGUUUCACCCCACCUCUCUUCAAAGAACAAAUGAGAAAUUAUCAAAAGUCGUCAAGGGGGAAGAAGAGAAACCAAAAAAAAGGAGAGGAAAGAUGUCUCUCAUUCUCGCCCCCGUUGGUAAAUGAAAAACAAUCAAUGUUUUCCUUAAAAAAAAAAAGUCAUGUCUUCGUAGAAAAACAAAGAAAACAAUGCUCAAAAGAAGGUGUCCGUGUAUCUGCAAUCCUGGGUGUAUGUUUGCUCCUUCAUCCUCUGUUUUUGUGGCUUCGGUGCAUAUGCAUGCGCGAUUAUCUCCAAGCGCCUUGGCUCAGGGACAGUAGGCCUGCGACACAGUCCAUGUCGCCCUUUUUGCUGGGGCUGACCUCGCCACACAUGAAUCUGCUUACUUCAUCGUCCCGUGGAGACUCUGCCUUGGGCUCCAAAUCGGCCAAAGUGUAAAUCCCCGUCUUGGCAGGUGAACGAGCCUCGGACGGCACAGUGUUGGAACGCAUCAGGAAUGCUGGGCUCUUUCGACCCUGCAGCACUCGACCGAUUCGUCUGGCACUCUGUGAUCUGAUGGGACUGCCGGGCGGCAUCUGUCGACGGCCCUCUGCAGAACUUCCAUCACGUCUGGGGCUCCAGUUCUCCUUGUCCGAGUCAGACGGGGAGACAAGCAUGGAGACAUUCAUCUUUGCGUGGCAGGAUUCCCGUGAUUUUUCAUCACUGACCCAGCACGUCUCUAGCCGAGCAACACUGGAAGUAGUACGAUUGAAUCUGGGCUUCUUGAUCAGGCGAGAGCGCGCAUACUUUGUCUGCGAUGC